CUUUUUUUGAACUCCAUUUAUUCUUUAUUUUGUCAUGUCAUAAGUCUUGUUGACAAAAACUACCCUUUUUUUUGUUUUUAUGUUCAGUUCAAUAAUCUCCAGAAAAAUGUAUUCAUUAAAGUUAAUUCAAGUUUUAACUUUUAAGAGGUUGGAUUUAAUGUGGCUGUCUGAGUGAGUUCACAAAACUAUGCAAGUCAAUUGUUAGUUCUAGUUUUCUUUUAAACAGUUUUAAAUAAUGUUCUAGGAGUCCAAAUAAAUAAGAUUCAGUAGGCCUCAAAAUAGCUGCAUACCUCAGCCUCACAAACAACAAUAGUAAAAAAGAAAAAACAGUAAUUCAGAAGAACAGGGAGUCUCUUCUAAAUUUCCAAGUUUCUUGGUAGAAACUAAUAUUUUUAGAGAAGCGAGAAUGCCAUGAAUAAGAAGGAGAAGCUUUGGAAUGAAUUUGAGCCAUAUUCAUAGGAUUAUGCGAAAAGAUUUUUAAAAAAGAGCAGUUGAAGCUCCACAAAUGUUGCUGAAUAGAAGAAGGUCUUGAGACUUUUUAUUCUCCAUUUACCGGUUUGCAGGUGCUGCACCAAACGGUGUCACAAGUUAAAAUUAAGUUCACAGCAUUCUCUUUUUUAUUAUCAGUGACGCUUUAUUAAAUAUAAACCUCAAUCAACACCUGCUGCUAUAUUUUCAGCAGCAGAGGCACAAAGACAGAAUAACUUGGGGGGAGUUGAAUGUUUUUUUUAUGGUCCUGUAUAUCUACCUCAAUGUUGUUUCCUCCAUUACAGCCCAAGUCCAACAAUCAGUCCAACAAUCAGUCAGUUAUGUGUGCUGCUACAUCCUUUUGUUAGGUCAAUGUUAACAGGCAAAUCGAUCUCAUGUCUAGUAUAUGUUUGUGCAGUAGGUCUAGCUCACAGUGAAAGUAGCCAAACAUGUAUGCACAGUAACCCCCUAAAUGUUGAUAGCUUUUUCCACACACCAACAUUUAAUCCCCAAUAAAAUCACUUGCAAUGCUGACUUACAUUUAUAAUUCCCUUUAUAGCACAAGUUGAAGAUUCUUGAACGUUUAUGUCAUGUUUUUAAAGUUACAUUCUCUAACUACUGUAUAGAAUGAAACAUAGAUCACUGUUGCAUGUGAAAAAAUAACUGUGAAUUAAUAGUAACACUUGUUUUUGAUCUGGAAAUGGAUGAAUGUAUCGUAACGUUGAUCUCCGUCCAAUAAACAAACAGCUUGAUUUCUUCCAGUACGCCGACAAGCUCCUCCUGAGCGAUCACGCUACAGGGCUCCAGAUCAAGGAGUUUGCACGGAAAAAUGCUGCUAACGCUCUGUCUGUGGCCAACAUGGUCAUGGGCAUGGCCUCCAUCCUCAGCAGCCUGAACGGGCACCAUCACGCGGCAUGUUGGCUGGUUCUGAUUGGCUACCUGCUAGAUUUGGCAGAUGGAGCGGUUGCCAGGCGACUUAAUGCUUGCUCGGCACUGGGUGCAAAGCUGGAUGAUUUUGCUGACUUUACCACCUUCGGGAUCGCCACGUCUCUGCUGCUGAGGACUUCUGACCUGCUGGACAAUGUCCUGUGCAUGUGUUAUGUGCUGUCCGUGUUCGUCCGUCUCUGUUUCUUUUCAAGUGGUAUUCCAUUCAUGUACCGCGGCCUCCCCUGCAUUUACUCAUCAGCCAUCCUAGCCAGCGCCUCAUUGUUGUCGGGAGGAAACAUGACCAUGCUACGGGUCAUUGCAGUAGCCAUGAUCCUCUUUAUGAUCAGUCAGAACUUCUAUCCCCAUGACAAAGUGUUGGAGUCCCAAACUUGGAAGAAAGUAGUCUAUGCUGGAGGAGUCGCCAUGGUGUUCUGCUCUUCUUUCCCCCCUGCGUGUGUGUACUACCUGCUGUGGUCUAUCUCCUACAUUUUGUUCCCCACAUCGCUUUGGAGCUGUAAACUGUAAAGUAAUACAGAGGUUAUGGACUGCUGUUCCCCAAUGCCAUUGGAGCAUCCAAGCUGGAAAAAACACUUAAUAAUUCAUGGCAAACAUUUUCUUAAUUUAACCUUUUAUUCUGAUUUGACACAUGAGGAAGAAAGCUUAAAAAAGAGAAGCAAGGAUGAUUUUUUCCAGUGUUACUCUUGAGGAUUAUGUAUACUGUCUUCUUUGUAGCUUUAACACCGAUUACAGGGGUUGUGUGGCUGGUUCUGAAAACUGAAUUUUCAUCGGGUUUGCCUCCAUGUUCUAUCUGCUUUCAUCAGUGUUAUUUAUCAUCAGUGUUGAGAACAUGUGGCAUCAGGGGAACAUUACUUUCUUAAAGCAUGGUAGAAAAAGAAACUUUUCUCUCCUUUAAUUUUACUAGUUUAUAUGUUUUUACACCACAUUUAGUUCAAAAGGUAUGUCUGCAGGGUAGUACCUGCAACAGCAGAUCUCUGCUCCAUGUAUAUACAUAUGUGAUAGAGUACCUUCCAUUUACUAAAGGCCUGACUUCUUAAAAUCUAUUUGUUCCUUUGUAAAGGGAUCAUAAAUGUAAUUGAAAAGAACUUAUUUAACAUAGUAGUUCUCAUAUUCUUAUUAUUUAAUUUGCUGUAUGAAUACGUUUGUUUCUUGUCAUAACCCUGGCAUUCACUCAUUGCAAACGUUUCUUUAGUUAGAAACCUUCUACUUUUUUGCUAUGUU